UAAACGCCUCACAUAAAUCAUUGUUGUACUAAUUGGGCAAAUAUGCCUAAUAGCAGGCCUUAUUACGAUUAAAUGAAAUUAAAACAGUCAGUAAACUGUAGCUUUUGAAUGCAGUCAUCAGAUUGCAUGUCUAGGGGUGGAGCGUUUAGGAGGGGAUUAUAGUUGGAGUUACCUAUAUGUUCGCGGACGUCUAGGUUUUCAAACGCUCAGAAAUAGCGGUUCAGUGUAACGUGAUUCUCCGCUAUAUGCUAUUCAAAACAAAACAUUCCCGACAUUUAUUCGGCGGUUGCAGUUCGGGAAGGCGUUGAACCGGGUCGACGUUGCUCAGCUGUAGUGCGCUCAGCCUGUCUGCCUCCGUCAGUAGUGGAGAGAUUGCGUCCUUUCAGAGGACACGUUCGACGGACCGCGGAUGACCACUCUGUCCCAUUAGAAAUUCAACCCCUCCAAGACUCUUCAAGAUGCCGUGCUUCGGUGGAGGUAUACUGCUGUUGGAGUAGCGGCGUCCGUAGCCAGCCACAACUGAGGCCUGUGUGACCCCCGGAACCCUAGCGCCGGCCCAUGCUUUAGCCCAGACCAUGACCAGGGCGCCAUGAUGGCCUCCAUGGUUGCCAACGGAAACAGAGAUGGGCAGCCUCUGGUCCUCAAAGGCGUGGACCCAGAGACCUGCAUGAUCGUGUUCAAAAACCACUGGACUCAGGUGGUGAAGAUCCUGGAGAAGCAUGACCCUCUCCGUAGCGGCGGCGGCUUACCCUUGCUGGCGAGCAUCAGCCUGAGCGUGGGCGGCGGCGGCGGCGGCGGCAUCCGCUUCGGCCCGGUGCCCAGCGUGGACGAGGCGAGUGCGGUGCAGAACUACGUGGAGCACAUGCUCUUCCUACUGAUGGAGGAGGACAGCGGGCGCGAGGGCGCCAUGGGCCCCAUCCUGGAGUUCGUGGUGAUGGAGAACGUGAUGGAGCGGCUGUUCGUGUGGAGCCUGCGGCGGGAGUUCUCGGACGACAUGAAGCUGGAGCAGCUGAAGAUGUACGAGGCGCUGGUGGGGCAGGCGCGCCAGCCCGUGCUCCACCACAAGCCGGUGCUGCGGCCGCUCAUGAUGCUGCUGUCGGCGUGCGCGGACGCAGAGGCGCCGGGCGUGGAGGGCCAGCUGGUGCUGCUGCUGCACCAGCUGUGCUGCGUGCUGGCCAAGGACCCCUCGGUGCUCGAGCUCUUCUUCCACACCAGCGAGGACCAGGGCGCCGCCAACUUCCUCAUCUUCUCCCUGCUCAUCCCCUUCCUGCACCGGGAGGGCGGCGUGGGGCAGCAGGCCCGCGACGCCCUGCUGCUCAUCAUGGCCCUGUCGGCGGAGAACCAGCGCGUGGCCGAGCACAUCGCCCAGAACACCUACUUCUGUCCGGUGCUGGCCACGGGGCUGAGCGGCCUCUACUCCUCCCUGCCCACCAAGCUGGAGGUGCCCAACGAGGAGUGGCACUGUCUCCAUGGAGACGACUGGGCGCGCAUGCCCCCCCUCGUGCAGUUCCUCAACUCACUUGAGUUCUGCAACGCUGUCGUACAGGUGGCCCAUGCUGACAUCAGAGACCAGCUGCUGGGAUACAUCUACAAUGGCUUCCUGGUGCCAGUCCUGGCACCCGCUCUUCAUAAGCUGACCCUGGAGGAGGUGAUGACCACCACCGCCUACCUGGAGCUCUUCAUCAGGUCCGUGUCGGAGCCGGCUCUGCUGCAGACCCUGCUGACCUUCAUCCUGCUGCAUCGUCACGACAACGUGCACAUCCUGGACACGCUGGUCAGCCGCAUCAACACCCCCUACCAGCUGGGAACGGUAUCUCUGGCUCUGUUCCGCACACUCAUCGGCUUGUACUGUGAAGAUGUGAUGCUGCAGCUCAUCCUGAGGUACCUGAUCCCCUGUAACCACAUGAUGUUGAGUCAGAGGUGUGUGGUGCGGGAGAGGGACUGCUACUCCGUGUCGGCGGCCAAGAUGCUGGCGCUGACGCCGUCGUGCUGCACCCCGGAGCACGCCCCCCCGCCGCUCCGACAGCUGGACUCCAUCGUGUGGACCCGGGGCCACGCCGCGGGCCCCGGGAACCAUGGCGGCGCCACAGAGCGGGCGCGGGGCUCCCAGUCGGACGACGGCUCCUCGGACGUGUGCGUGAUCGGCUCGGAGGUGCACCUGGACGUCAGCUACCUGCACUACCUGUACGACGCGCGCCUGGGCAUCUCCGAGUGCAUGCGCGCCUGCCAGGUGUGGUCGGCGCCCUACGACGGCCGGGACCCCCCCGUCGAGGACUACCCGCCCCCGGGGGAGGCGCGCCUGGGCCCGGCGGCCCCGCCCCUGCACCCCCCUCCCCCGCCGCCGCCGUCCACGUCGGCGUCGUCAUCGUCGUCGUCCACCCAGCAUCGCCACCCCACGCUGGCCCCGCCCCCGGAGCCGGCGUCGACCAAUCAGCAGGAGCUGGAGUGGGACGACAGCUACGACGCCUGCCCCGCGCAGGGCGCCGGAGGGGCGGAGCCGGAGGGGGGCCAGGCCCUCCCCCGGCCCCCCGCCGCCGAGCCCCCCCAACACAUCCAGGAGAUGAGGCGGACGGCCAUCAUGUUGGUGCGGGGGUCCUACGUCGAGGAGUCGGACUUCCAGGACGACGUGAUGGUCUACGACCUGGUGGCCAAGAGGACCACCGCUGACGCCGCCGGGGGGGGGGGCGACCCCGCCGCCCUCAGGUCCCCCCCGGGCGACUCGGCUCUGCCGUCGGACGCCACGGAGUCGGCGGGGGACGGGCCGAGCCGAGCAGAUUCGUCCGCACCCGCCUCGGCGCCCCCCUCCCCCGGGGAGAGAGACUGCGCCGCUACCCCGGAGAGCCCCCGGGUGGACGACCUGCUCACCCAGUACCAGGAGCUCAUCGGCACCCUGAGCGCCGAGGUGGGCGUGGGGUCCGGGGGCGGAGAGCCCGCCGCAUGUCCCGCCCCCACCCUGGAGGAGGGGGAGGAGGAGGAGAUGGAGGGCAUGGAGGUGGACUACAGCUCCUUCUCCGCAGACACCCCGGAGCCAGAGAAGUCGCCGCUGGGCGCCAAGCACCCCCGGCCCGGAGGUCGAGGCCACGCUGUGCCUUUUACAGGCCCGUUUGUCAGCGUGCUGCUGUCCCGUCUGGAGAACAUGCUGGAGAACUCUGUGCACGUGAACCUGCUGCUGACGGGCAUCCUGGCCCAGCUGGCCGCCUACCCCCAGCCCCUGCUGCGCUCCUUCCUGCUCAACACCAACAUGGUGUUUCAGCCCAGCGUGCGCUCCCUCUACCAGGUCCUCGCCUCCGUCAAGAACCAGAUAGAGGAUCUGACGGAGAGCCGGAAGGACUUCCCAGGGAUGAUCACAGCUGCACAACACUGGCUUCUGGCCAGGGAGAGCUCCCUCGGAGCAGCAGACUCAGCUAAGGGAGGAGCCGGUGCCAUCGUCUCGGAGGGGUCAAAGGUCAACGCCUCUCCGCAGCCCAAGGGUGUGGUCUCGCUGGCCAACACGGAGGUGUUCGCUGCCGUGCUCUUCACAGAGUUCCUGAAAGAGCUGGCGGCCAUCGCCCAGGAGCACUCCAUCCUCUCUUACAUUCCUAUGGAAGAGUGACACCAGCCCCCCCCCCCCCCC